AUGGACUUUGCUUACGUUUCCAAUUCAUCAUUCAGUUCUCUUGAGGAUCUGGAAGCAGCAGAUGAGGAGUACAACACGGUGCUCAUGCCCAGCAUCUUUGGCGUCAUCUGUUUCUUUGGGAUCCUCGGAAACUGUAUCGUAAUCUACACCAUCGUGAAGAAAACCAAGUUCUGCUCCCAGCAAACAGUACCAGACAUAUUCAUCUUCAGCUUGUCCAUCGCAGACCUCCUCUUCCUCCUCGGCAUGCCGUUCCUCAUCCAUCAGCUCGUGGGCAACGGCUCCUGGUGCUUCGGCGCCACCAUGUGCACCGUCAUCACUGCCCUUGACUCCAACAGCCAGAUUGUGAGCACGUACAUCCUGACUGUCAUGACUCUGGAUCGCUACCUGGCCACGGUGCACCCAAUCCGCUUCAAACACGUCCGGACCCCCUUUGUGGCGGGGGCGGCGGUGGCUUUGGUGUGGGUGUUUUCUCUGGUGUCCAUCACGCCAGUGUGGAUGUACACGGGACUCAUGCAUCUGAAGAACGGCUCAGUGGGCUGCGCCCUCCUGCUGCCCAACCCGGCCACAGACACAUACUGGUUCACUCUGUACCAGUUCUUCUUAGCUUUUGCUCUGCCUUGGGUGGUCAUGUGUGCCGUCUUCUUCAAGAUUCUCCAAAACAUGUCAGCUACAGUUGCUCCGUUGCCUCAGCGCAGCCUGCGGGUGCGCACCAGAAAGGUGACCCGUAUGGCGGUGGCCAUAUGUCUGGCCUUCUUCAUCUGCUGGGCGCCGUACUACAUCCUGCAGCUGGCUCACCUCGGCGUGCAGCAGCCCACCUUCGCCUUCCUGUACGCCUACAAUAUUGCGAUCAGCAUGGGCUACGCCAACAGCUGCAUCAACCCGUUUAUCUACAUCGUGUUGAGCGACACGUUUAAGAGGCAGUUCAUCGUGGCGAUAAAGCCGUCCCACAGGGUUUUCAGAGUGGCACCGGCUCUGGCUGAUGGCAGCAUGAGUCUGAGGAUGGCACCAGACAGCUUUCAGCAGUCGCACUCAUCAAGGGAACUGUUUCAAAACAUGCUGCCCGUCACUGUGGCUGUGCACUGA